ACCCUCAUUUGAAUAUCCCAUUCCCAACUUCUAGAAAAUUCUCUUUUAGGAUAUAUAGAGCCAGGGAAGUCUGUCACAGCCACGCUAUCCACCGGACACAGCUCGGAGAAGCAACCCUGCGAUAAUCUGUGCCAGAAUGAAAAUCGCAGAAAUGAAAACAUCUCAAGAGUGCAGCUGCUGUUGGAGACAGACAGGAUGUGGAUGACUAACAUUGUAGGCCUUUGUCUGCUGGCCUUGGUGGCCUCUGCAGAGGAUGUGAAGCUGAGCACCCACGCCACCGCGCUGGCUGAUAAAAGCACCAACUUGGCCUUCAGCCUCUACCACACCAUGGCAAAGGAGAAAGACACAGAGAACAUCAUCAUUUCUCCUGUGGUGGUGGCCUCCUCUCUGGGGCUGGUGGCUCUUGGUGGCAAAGCCUCCACUGCCUCCCAGGUGAAAACAGUCCUCAGCGCUGACAAACUCAAGGAUGAGCAUCUGCACGCAGGCCUGUCAGAGCUCCUCACUGAGGUGAGCAACGCCAAGACACGCAACACCACCUGGAAAAUCAACAACCGCCUCUACGGCCCCAGCUCUGUGUCCUUCGCUGACGAGUUUGUGAAGAACAGCAAGAAGCACUACAACUACGACCACUCCAAAAUCAAUUUCAGGGACAAGAGGAGCGCAGUGAACUCCAUCAACGAGUGGGCGGCCAAGUCCACAGGCGGCAAGCUGCCUGAGGUCACCAAGGACGUGCAAAACCCAGACGGAGCCAUGAUCGUCAACGCCAUGUUCUUUAAGCCUCACUGGGAGGAGAAAUUCCACGAUAAAAUGGUGGACACCCGUGGUUUCCUGGUUACUCGCUCAUUUACUGUCGGAGUUCCCAUGAUGCACCGCACAGGUCUUUAUGAUUUCUACGAGGACACAGAAAAUAAAGUCUUUGUGCUGAACAUGCCUCUGGGCCAGAAACAGGCCUCCAUGAUCCUUAUCAUGCCCUAUCACCUGGAGCCCCUGGAGCGCCUGGAGAAACUCUUGACAAGGAAGCAGGUGGACACUUGGCUCAGCAAGAUGGAGAACAGAGCCGUAGCCAUCUCCCUGCCUAAGAUCUCAGUGGAAGUCAGCCACAACCUGCAGAAACACCUGGCUGAGCUGGGCUUGACAGAAGCUGUGGACAAAGCCAAGGCUGACCUGUCCAACAUCUCUGGAAAGAAGGAUCUCUACCUUUCCAGCGUCUUCCACGCAUCAGCCCUGGAGCUUGACAUCGAAGGAAACCCAUACGACACAAGCAUCUUCGGUACUGAGAAGCUGAGGAACCCCAAACUCUUCUACGUAGAUCACCCCUUCAUUUUCCUGGUAAAGGACAACAAGACCAACUCCAUCCUGUACAUCGGCAGAGUGGUUAAACCUAAAGGGGACAAAAUGCGUGAUGAGCUAUAAUGUUUAAAGUUAUAAAUUGUGGUGGGUAGCUUUAUUAUUUGUGAAAUUAUGGCAGGAAACUGUGCACGUGUGUAAUUGUGUGUGAUUUUAUGCACGCGCAUGUUUUGUUUUUGGUAUGAUUGUUACCUCAGUAGCACAUUCCAAUUGACAAUCUGUGGACUGAAUAUCCGAGCUUAGAAACAUUCGACUUUCCCAGGGAACAAAUCUGUUUACAUGGCUUCGUCUUAAGAACAUGCUGGUUUGAAUAAUCUAAAAAAAGUGCCUUUUUUAAGACUUCCACAAACAAACAGCAGUCGGCACAGCAGACAGCAUGCUUAUAUUAAGUACGAGUCCUCUUUCACAUCCUGUUUUUGCCUGCGUGUGUUCGGCUACGACCUGUGUGUGCGUUUUUGUUUUUUUUUGCAAUAUCUUUAAUGUUUAAAGAGAAAAAAGAUCGAUGCACAAGCUGUUUUACAGUGCUGUCUCAUUCCCCCUCUCAUUUUGCCUCCAGCCUGCACUGAACUGUUCCCCUGCACGAGCUGAGCUUGCAGGGGGAAGGUGGCAAAUCGUCUGGUGCUUAAUUUAAGUUGCAAACCAUCUUCUGUGUCGUUUUCUUGCUGUAGGUAUUUUCCACAAAGAAUCUGUUGGAAUGGUGUGAUUUAUGUGAUUAAUGUGGACCUUUUUCAAUAAAAAAAAUGAAGAGAA